CUCUUUCUUUCUGUCUAUCGCUAUGCGCUGAAGCCCACUGCACACUCAACUUACCGUCUUCAAAAAGGUGAAGAAAAGCAUCGUCAAACAAAAUUCUACUCUAUCCUUUAAUUCAUUCUUCACGAUCAUGGGUUCUCUUCUUCUUCUUCUCAUGAAAUCCCUCACUUUCUUCAAUCCCAUUUCUUUCUAAAACUACCCAUUUCCCCAAACCCCCAGAUUCUGAUCUUCUUCAACCAUGUAUUUAUCGGAAAAGCCUCGCCCCAUCAAUUUCUACAAGGAAGAAGUUCCACCCGCCACCAGAGAUAACAUGAUUAUCGAAGUUGUCUCAAGCAACGGUGAUUUGCCACCUCAUCAACACCAUCUUCACAAUCCUCACCAGCAACAGCCGCCUCAGCAGCAACAACAGAUGAUUCUCGGUGAGAGCAGUGGCGAGGAUAAUCAUGAAGUGAAAGCGCCUAAAAAGCGAGCUGAGACAUGGGUCCAAGAUGAAACUCGAAGCUUGAUAGCUCUUCGUCGAGAAAUGGAUGGUUUGUUCAAUACUUCUAAGUCUAACAAGCACUUGUGGGAGCAAAUAUCGGCUAAAAUGAGGGAGAAGGGAUUUGAUCGAUCUCCUACUAUGUGCACCGACAAGUGGAGGAACUUGUUGAAAGAGUUCAAGAAGGCUAAGCAUCAAGAUAGAGGAAGUGGGUCCGCAAAAAUGUCUUAUUAUAAGGAGAUUGACGAGAUAUUAAGGGAGCGGAGCAAAAAUGCACAGUAUAAGAGUCCCACUCCUACUAAAGUUGAUUCCUACAUGCAAUUUGCUGAUAAAGGCUUUGAUGAAGCAAGUAUCUCUUUUGGACCUGUAGAAGCCAGUGGCAGGUCAGCACUCAACCUUGAAAGACGUCUGGAUCAUGAUGGACAUCCCCUGGCCAUCACUGCAGCUGAGGCAGUUGCAGCAAGUGGAGUUCCUCCCUGGAACUGGAGGGAGACUCCUGGAAAUGGUGCUGAGAGUCAAUCAUUUGUUGGAAGAGUAAUAACAGUUAAGUAUGGGGACUAUACAAGGAGAAUUGGUAUUGAUGGCACUGCAGAUGCCAUCAAGGAGGCAAUCAAGUCAGCUUUCAGAUUGAGGACCAAACGUGCAUUUUGGUUGGAGGAUGAAGACCAGGUAAUUCGUAGUCUUGACAGGGACAUGCCUGUGGGAAAUUACACCCUUCACCUUGAUGAAGGAUUAGCUGUAAAAGUGUGUCUAUAUGAUGAUUCAGACCACAUGCCAGUGCAUACGGAGGAAAAAAUUUUUUACACAGAAGAUGACUACCGUGAUUUUCUAACUCGCCGGGGCUGGUCAUGCCUGAGGGAGUUUGAUGGGUAUAGAAAUAUUGAUAACAUGGAUGAUCUUCGACCUGGUGCUAUAUAUCGUGGUGUGAGUUGAUAGCAUCUAUUAGUCCAUUUUCACAUCUUGGAGCGUCCUGAAUGCCAGACCACUGUGGAACUGUAUCAAGCAAUUGUGUAUAGAAAGAAUGCUGUAUUAUGUUGAAUGGACCAAGUUGCAUAUGCUCAUCCAAUUAUUGUAAAUAUGUGUGUAUCUCCAUUGACAAACGACGGAGUCGUCCCAGAUUUUUCUGACGAAUUCCUAGACCGCUUGUUCAUUUUUGAUCGUAUGUUAAUUCAACUGGAAUGUUCUCUCUAUAAACCUCUCUACUUUUAA